GCGACAUCUGGGGUGGGAAAGUGUACUACCUCAGGUAAGCCUUAAAAAAUCCAGGCUCCACUUCGCCCAAUCAAUUGCCUACUAUCCCACUUCCACCCUGCCAGUGUCUUUGCCUACCUCUCUAAGGACUUAGUGCGCCAGUCUUUCGGACUCAGAUGCGCCUCCCACUACUGCUCCCCACCUUCCGCCUUUCGUCAAUUCUACAAGUCUCCUUCUUCACAACAUCGCGUGCUUCUCUUUCCGCGAUCUUCAUAAGCCCAACGCCCGAGCUAUCACAGCCACACGCGUGCGAUCCCUCACGCUCUCGCGACUACGCUCUGCAGCGCAAAGUAGGUGGAAACCAAACCAUCAGCACCCCACCCAUCAUUCGACCUCCAUCAAUCCACCCGUUGACCCCUCCAAAGUCCAAACGACCGACGACAGUCUUGUGCCGAUGCUAACUUUUACCUCGUCAGCGAUACUCACAAAAUGUCU